UUUUUUUUUUUUUUUAAGAAUCAUACAACAUGACCUCAACGACAAAGAAGUACAUUGCUGGUAUCAAAGGGUUUGUAUUUGACCUGGAUGGUACCAUGAUUGAUACUACUCCUCUAGUCAUCAAACAUUGGUAUCAGUUUGCUGAAGAACAUGGUUUAGACCCUGUCAAGAUUCUUGCCACUUCUCAUGGAAGACGUAGUAUUGAAACCAUUGCCGAAUGGGUACCUUCAAAAGCAACUCAAGAACAUGUGGACUAUUAUGAAAGACGACUAGCUGAUGAAACCGAUGGCGUGAAAGUCCUUCCUGGUGUCAAAGCUCUUUUAGAUACGAUUCCAUUUGGUAAAUGGGGUGUAUGCACAGCAGGAACGUCAUAUAUGGCUGUCAAUCGAUUUAAACAAUGUGGUAUUCAAAUUCCGGUGAGUUUAUCCACGGGUGAUAAGGUGACUCAUGGUAAACCUCAUCCUGAAGGUUAUUUGAAAGCGGCAGAAUUAUUGAAUCUACCUCCAACUGAUUGUGUAGUAUUUGAAGAUGCUCCUGCUGGUGUUAAGGCGGGAAAGGCGGCUGGCAUGACAGUGAUCGCUUGUACUACAACUCAUACAGCAGAACAAUUAAAGCAAGCUGGUGCAGAUCAUAUUGUAUCCUAUUUGACAGACGUUACAAUCUCUGUGUUAGGUGAUGGUACUUUUGGUGUACAAAUCGAUCAAUUAGAAAUUUAGUUUAGAAAUAGUACAUGGAUACUUGAUAGAAAUAAACAAUUUGAUUCCUUAUGCAUACAAUUUUUUUUUUUUCUGUGAUGAUCUGAU